AUGGCACCCCUAGCGACUGCAGUGGCUGCACUGCAUAUGGAAACGAGUGAAAGCAGUACUUCCGUGAUGAAGCAUGCCGGGAAAUUUUGGGAGUGCGUCAUUGAGACCUCAUUGACGUUGCUAUGGAUCACAGCACAGGGGUGGGGUGCAACGACUCCACGGAUCCCUGACGAACAGCGCCUAUACCAGUCCCUCAUGGUAGGAUACGAGAAAUCCGUCCGACCCGUCAUCAACGCAUCUACCAUACUAAUGGUCAAGUUUGGCCUCAGACUCAAUCAGAUCGUUGACCUGGACGAGCGUCAUCAAGUGCUAACAACGAAUGUUUUCAUAGAUCAGGAAUGGAUGGAUGAAAAUCUCUACUGGGACCCGUUAGUAUUCAAUAGUAUACGCUCUCUUCGGAUUCCCGCCAAAAAUGUGUGGCUUCCGGAUACUUUCAUCUAUAACAAUGCAGAUGAUGGAUCGACGGGUUUUAUGCAGGGGACGUAUGUUCUUGUCAAUCACAACGGAACGGUCAAGUGGCCGGUACCGGUCAAGUUGAAGAGCUCUUGUAAGGUAGACAUCACGUAUUUUCCGUUUGAUGACCAAGAGUGCAUCCUUAGGUUUGGUUCGUGGAUCUAUAGCGGUUUAUGGAUGGACUACUUCUCGGAGCACAACGAGACACCGAUAAAUCUAGGCUCCUACGUUGAUAAUAGUGAGUGGGAUCUUCUUACUGUCAAACUCAAGAAAAAUAUUCGUACGCAUUCUUGUUGUCCGGACCCACAUCCGGAUAUGACGUACGUUCUUCACAUUCGCCGAAAAACAUUCUACUACAUCUUUAAUAUCAUUGUUCCUUGUGUAAUGUUAUCGACAUUAACUUUGCUGACAUUUUGGUUGCCACCUACUUCCGGUGAGAAGAUAACUCUAGGGCUGUCUGUGUUUUUGGCGUUCUCCAUGUUCAUGCUCCUGAUUGCAGAAGAGGUGCCUGCCACAUCAGAGGCUGUCCCUUUAAUAGGUAUCUACCUUUGUGUGGUGAUGACGAUGACGUCACUCUCUGUGAUAAUGGCUGUCAUGGUGAUAAAUCUGUACAAUAGGGGCAUGAAAACAAGACGAGCCCCUAAUUGGCUGCGGCACAUUGCGCUGAAGUGGCUAUCAAGGCCACUAAAGAUGAAACACGACAUACAGAAAGUAGCGAAAGCUAUAUCUUUGGAAGAUGAAUUGGAAGGUGCUUAUAGAUGUAAAAAGCAUGGAAAACUAGACACCAAGAACAUUCCUAACAAAUCUAGUCCGGACACAGAAGAUACAGCAAUGUUAGAUAAAGAGACGACCAUCCGAAAUAGAAGGUAUGAUAAAAAUGACGUCAUGACGACGUCAUUCGUAGAGGAGAAUGAUGAACAGGAGGUGAUUUGGUUACGACGAGAAGACUUUAAAGAAGAGACUGCCGAGUGUUCACGAAAUGCGUGGGGGGAUAUACAGGAAAUUCAACAAAGUAGCAAAGAUAACAAUAACCGCGCGAAAAAAGGCGCGCGAAAAAAGACAAGUGGAAAAGCUCCGGCGACUGCCGUGACACCAGUCUUGCCGGACGAAACAAAGUCUACACAGACAGAGGGGGCAUUAGGUACAUUCCUUGCAGAGUGUCGCAAUCAAAACGAAUUGUUCGCACGAAAAAUGAUCGUUGCGGAAUGGCAACGGAUAGCAGCCGUCACCGACCGGAUCUUGUUCUGGUUCUACUUCCUCAGUACUCUGACGUCAUAUAUUGUCAUCCUCAUCGUGGUGCCAAACUCCAAUUAUUCUAGGUGGAAUGAAGAGAUUCUUCCCAUGCAUACGGUAUCCCAGGCGAGCUGAUGGGAAUAUUAUAAAUGGCUGUGACACUCUGAUUCAUAUGGAUAAUGUAUUUGUGGUUAAUCCAAAGCUGCAAAUCAUAUUUGUAUUUCCGGUUUAAUGCCAGGGAUAAGAUGCUGUUGCAUUCAUUGAAUUCCAUUAACUAUAUUUGCAUAUGCAAGCGAGUACAUUCCUGCUAUCACUAAUUACUAUCUUUUUUCAUAUUCUUAAACUCUUUGUAGUUGUAAGCGAAAUAAAACAAGUUCCAUAAUGCAUAGAUUUCAUAAUGACACAGCAGGUUGUGAAUGGCUACAAUAAUGACGUCAUCUGAGCAUUAUUUAUAUGACUGUUAUCAUGGAGUACCGAGUUAUAUAUAACGAGCGUAUCUUUGAUAUUAAGUUUGCUUGUAAACUUGCAUGUAUCAAUAUGUGUAACAUCAAAAUGAUACAUGAUGAUGAACUUUAGUUUGACAUCACUUUGAAAAUGAUAGACAUAGCGCCACGACAGCACUUUUCUCUGAAAACAUUAAUGUAUUAUUGGUAAACGUCUGGAUCAGAUAUUUAGUAAUCAUGGAUUUUCUCUGAAAGGCAAGUCUGUUGUUCGGAUAUUUUAUGAAAUAGAAUAAUUCAUCUUGGAGAUCCAUAUGACAACAUGAUAGGAAACGAGCGAGUGCUUGCUUUCAUUUUAUUUGUGAUUGACAGGAACUAUCACACUAGGUACAUGAAUAUUCGAUUUGUUGUCGUGAUUAUGGAACUAUCAAUGGUUGUUUUAUAUAAGAUUUUGUAAAUUUAGGUCUCUGUAGCAAUGCACAAGAACCUUAUAAUUAUCGUGAUGGAGCAGUUAUUGAUGGUAAUGUUAAGGGGAAUAUAUAUCUAACCCUUAAAACGCCCAUCUCUAGAUUUCCAUAUCCUGCGAUGCAGACAUGGCUACCGCGCAUUUUUAUCCUGCAAUACUCCAGCACGCUAGAUAAACAUUUAUUGCGUCAAAAAUUCCGAUACCAUAGCAAUAAUGCCGCGUGCGGCUAUGUUGAUGUUUUAUGUAAAUCAGAUUUCUAUCAGACAAUCAGUCUGCUAUAUAUUAUGUACAUAGAUGUAUAAAGAUUCAUAUUGUACUAUAUAUACUUGUUAUGACGCCAGAUAAUAAAUGUCUCGAAGAAUAGUCUUAUGCCGGAGUGCAAAUAAACGACACUCUUUUAAAUUUUUCGCACGACGGUCUAAAAGCAAUUUAAGGAGUGAAUGUGUCCAUUAUGCUUAAUGGGUAAAAAGUUUCACCUUUUUUAGCGAAUUACUCGGUAGCAUUGAAUUAUAUAUCAAGUUUAAAGGGUUAUCUUUUUUUAGCAGGAAAGAGAUAAUUUGUGAAUAUAUAUACG